UAACACGCUUCCCAUAUAUGGGGACGUUGUUUAGAGACCGUCUAUAAAUUGCGUCGCUGAAAUCGGAACGCGCACGCACGCCCUUGUCAAACGCCGAGAUCGACGCCGACCUGACUCUCCUGCAGGAUGUCCAUCAGUAAGAUUCACGCUCGUGAGAUCCUCGACUCCAGAGGAAACCCCACCGUGGAGGUGGAUCUGUACACCGCUAAAGGUCGUUUCCGGGCAGCUGUUCCCAGCGGUGCUUCCACCGGAGUCCAUGAGGCUCUGGAGCUCCGAGACGGAGACAAGACACGCUACCUGGGCAAAGGUACCCAGAAGGCCGUGGACCAUGUGAACAAGGACAUCGCUCCCAAACUGAUAGAGAAGAAGUUCAGCGUCGUGGAUCAGGAGAAGAUUGACAAGUUCAUGCUGGAGCUCGACGGAACCGAGAACAAAUCUCAGUUUGGUGCGAAUGCGAUCCUGGGUGUGAGUCUGGCUGUGUGUAAGGCGGGCGCCGCUGAGAAGGGUGUUCCUCUGUACCGCCACAUCGCUGACCUCGCCGGGAACAAAGACGUGAUCCUGCCUGUUCCUGCCUUCAACGUCAUCAACGGCGGCUCUCACGCUGGGAACAAGCUGGCCAUGCAGGAGUUCAUGAUCCUUCCGGUCGGAGCCAAGAACUUCCACGAGGCCAUGAGGAUCGGCGCCGAGGUCUACCACAACCUCAAGAACGUCAUCAAGGCCAAAUACGGCAAAGACGCCACCAACGUGGGAGACGAGGGCGGAUUCGCACCCAACAUCCUCGAGAACAACGAGGCUCUGGAGCUGCUGAAGUCUGCCAUCGAGAAGGCCGGCUAUCCUGACAAGAUCAUCAUCGGCAUGGACGUCGCCGCCUCCGAGUUCUUCAGGAGCGGCAAAUACGACCUGGACUUCAAGUCCCCCGACGACCCGAAGCGCCACAUCACUGGAGACCAGCUGGGAGACCUGUACAAGAGCUUCAUCAAGAACUACCCCGGUACACACACACACACACACACACACACACACACCUGUACAAGAGCUUCAUCAAGAACUACCCCGGUACACACACACACACACACACACACACACACACCUGUACAAGAGCUUCAUCAAGAACUACCCCGGUACACACACACGCGCACACACACACACACACACACACACACACACACACACACACACACACACUGGUUUGUGCAGGAUCAGACCGGUUCAUCGGCUCAGCGAUGUGACGUAACGAGGGGGCGGCUCAUGUCCCGGGUCACGUGA